AUGAUCUACGAGGAUCUCUUUUUCCAACUGACUCGAUUUUUUAUUGGCCAUUAUAUUGAUUCGAUCUCUUUCCCUGCUGCACACGUGUUUUGGAUACACAAUCCAUAUCAGGCCAGCCUACAAACUCCAUGUAUAUAUCUCGUCGUGGUACCUGUCCCGACCUGUGUUAUAUCUCGUCGUGGUACCGGUCCCGACCUGUGUUAUAUCUCGUCGUGGUACCGGUCCCGACCUGUGUUAUAUCUCGCCGUGGUACCGGUUCCGACCUGUGUUAUAUCUUGUCGUGGUACCGGUCCCGACCUGUGUUAUAUCUCGUCGUGGUACCGGUCCCGACCUGUGUUAUAUCUCGCCGUGGUACCGGUUCCGACCUGUGUUAUAUCUCGUCGUGGUACCGGUCCCGACCUGUGUUAUAUCUCGUCGUGGUACCGGUUCCGACCUGUGUUAUAUCUUGUCGUGGUACCGGUCCCGACCUGUGGUAGAUCUCGUCGUGGUACCGGUCCCGACCUGUGUUAUAUCUCUCGCCGUGGUACCGGUCCCGACCUGUGUUAUAUCUCGUCGCGGUACCGGUCCCGACCUGUGUUAUAUCUCGUCGUGGUACCGGUCCCGACCUGUGUUAUAUCUCGUCGUGGUACCGGUCCCGACCUGUGUAUAUAUCUCGUCGUGGUACCGGUCCCGACUUGUGUUAUAUCUCGUCGUGGUACAGGUCCCGACCUGUGUUAUAUCUCGUCGUGGUACCGGUCCCGACCUGUGUUAUAUCUCGCCGUGGUACCGUAUGACCUAGUCCCAGUAAUUCAUGGCAGCGGAGUAAUAUAA